AUGUCCUCCUCCAAGCGACAGCGCCCUGCCGCAACCGACGACAACGACCCCUCCAUCUCGCCGCCCCCUGUCAAGCGCAAGGUCCAGAGCACCGUCACCAACGGCGCAGUCGCCAAUUUCUUCAAGCCCGCCUCCCAGAAGAAGAAAGACCAGCCCCGAGUCUCCUGGUCAGACCGCGCUCCUGACGAUGACUCGCCUGCCACUCUGCUCGUCGGACGCUACGACGGCAGUGACACCGCACAAGAGCCAUCGGAGCACAGCAAAAACAAGAAGAGGACGAAAGUGGCUGCCUUCGACCUCGACUCCACGCUGAUCACUUCCGCCUCCGGCAAGAAGUUCAGCAACGACCCUCUGGACUGGAAAUGGUGGGACAGCACUGUCCCGGCCAAGCUACGAAGCAUCUACCAGGACGGAUACCGUGUCGUCAUCCUCUCCAACCAGAAUGGGCUCUCCUUGCACCGAGACCCCGGUUCAAAGGGCCCUGACAACACGAAACGGGUCCCCCCCUUCAAGCAGAAGAUCAGCGCAGUCCUGGCCCAGCUCGACAUCCCCACCUCUGUAUACGCUGCCACCGCGAGGGACGUUUAUCGCAAGCCCAGGACGGGCAUGUGGCGCGAGCUGUGCGAUGACUACGACUUGGAAGACAUCGACAAGGACGCCAGCAUCUUCGUUGGCGACGCCGGCGGACGAGUCGCCGUGCCCGCCUCCGGAGGCAAAAAGGCCAUAGCGAAGGACUUUAGCUGCUCCGAUCGCAACUUCGCCCACAACGCCGGCAUCAAAUACGAGACACCCGAGGAGUUCUUCCUCGGCGAGCAGCCCCGGGAGUUUUCCAGGGACUUUGACGUGUCAUCCUACACGGUCUCGAACCACAGCCAAGUGGAAGACGUGGUGUUUGAGAAGAAGAACGCCAAGGACAUUGUGUUGUUCUGUGGGCCACCAGGCGCAGGAAAGAGCACCUUCUACUGGAGAUACCUGAAACCCCUAGGUUACGAAAGGGUGAAUCAGGACAUGCUCAAGAGCAAGGACAAGUGCUUCAAAGCUGCCAGGGAGCACCUUGAGGAUGGGGAGCCAGUCGCAGUCGACAAUACGAACCCAGACCCAGAGGUACGAGGUCAGUGGAUUGAUCUUGCCAGAACGGCCGGUGUGCCGAUCCGCUGUGUGUGGUUCAAGACGCCACUGGGCAUUGCCGAGCACAAUGACACGGUCAGGGCCCUGAACAAGGAUAUGAAUCCCGAGGCGAGGACCGCGCUGCCGAAGCUCGCGUUCAACGGAUUCGCCAGUCGCUUCAAGCAACCCAAGACCAACGAGGGCUUUCAGGAUGUUGUCGAGGUUGAGUUUCAGUUCCGUGGAACCAAAGAGGAGUUUGCAAUCUGGGGUAGGUACUGGAUCUGA